AUGGAUUCUCCCCAGAUCCCCACGGAGCAAUGGGCUCAGGUGGUGGAACAAACCGGCGGCCCGGUCGUGUACAAAAAGAUCCCCGUUCCGCAACCUGGCCUGGACGAGGUGCUCGUCAACGUCAAAUAUUCGGGCGUGUGCCAUACUGACUUGCACGCCAUGCUCGGCGACUGGCCCAUCCCCACCAAGCUGCCGCUCGUCGGCGGUCAUGAGGGCGCCGGAGUCGUCGUAGCCCGCGGCGACCUUGUUGACGACAUCGAUCUCGGCGACCACGUGGGCAUCAAGUGGCUAAACAGCUCGUGCCUCAACUGCGCCUUCUGCAAUCAGGCCGAUGAGCCGCUCUGCCGCAAGGCCCUUUUCUCUGGCUACACCGUCGAUGGGACAUUUCAGCAGUAUGCCGUCGUGAAGGCAGCCCACGUUGCCCGCAUCCCUAAAGAGUGUAAUCUCGAAGCCGUUGCCCCGAUCCUUUGCGCCGGCAUUACCGUCUACAAGGGACUCAAGGAAUCGGCUGCUCGGCCAGGCCAGUGCGUUGCAAUUAUCGGCGCCGGCGGCGGCCUCGGUACCCUCGCUAUUCAGUAUGCAAGAGCUUUGGGCCUCGACGUGAUUGCGAUUGAUGGCGGCGAUGAAAAGCGCAAACUCUGCCUGGAACUCGGCGCCGCUGUCUUUAUCGAUUUCCUCACGUCCAACGACAUCGUCGCCGACGUCAAGGCCGCCUCCCUCGACGGUCUGGGCCCCCACGCCAUCCUCCUCAUUGCCGCCGAGGAGAAACCCUUCCAGCAGGCGGCAAAGUAUAUUCGCCCCCGCGGAACCAUUGUGUGCAUCGGCUUGCCCCACGACGCCAUGUUCAGCGCUCCCGUUUUCGACACCGUCAUCAACAUGGUGAGCAUCAAGGGCAGCUACGUCGGCAACCGUGCCGAUACGGCCGAGGCACUCGAGUUUUUCCGCAAGGGGCUCAUUCACACCCCAUACAAGACGAUUGGCUUGAGCAAUCUCCAGGAUGUCUACCAGAUGAUGCAAGAAAACAAGGUGGCAGGCCGCUACGUCGUUGACACAAGUACAUGA